AUGGAUUCUUUGGCGAAGGUUUGUCUUCCUAAAGCAUAUGGGGUUCUCGGAUUCAGAAAUGGACAGGUUUGGAACUAUGCUAUCUUAGCUAAGUAUAUGUGGGCUAUCUCUGUGAAGCAUGAUUUGCUGUGGGUAAAAUGGAUAAACACAAUCUAUCUGAAAGGCUCAGACUUCUGGUCCUAUAGGCUGCCUCCGGAUACUAGCUGGUAUUGGAGGAAAUUAUGCAAAUUGAGAGGCAAAUUCAGUUGGGAAGAUAUCAAGGCUGCUAGUUUAUCUGGGAAAUUUCAAUCGUAUAUCCUAUACAACAGUACCCUGAGCCAACAACAGGUUGGUUACUAUAAAGAAGUAUGGUGUAGAUUAUCUUUGCCUAAGCAUAGGUUCCUAUUAUGGCAAGUAUUUAAUGCUCAGUUGCUUACUUGUGAUAACUUGCUUCGAUUCAGAGUGCCUCUUGAAUCUCUUCUGUGCCCGGUCUGUGGUAGUUUUGAUGAAAGUCACUCCCAUCUGUUCUUUGACUGUACUCUGUCAAAAUAG